AUGCUGGCUCGUCGCGACCAGGAAAACCUGGUAAACACCCACCAGACCACCGCUGCGGCCAAACCCUUGAAUCAAGGACUCAAUCUCGCCCCCAAGACACCUGGCAAGAAAGUGCCGUUGAACGACGAAAAUCACCCCGGCGUGUUUAAGAAACUCACAGUCAAGGGAAAUGGAAGCCGUCAGGAUAAUGGGAAGCCGAGAAACAAUGCAUUUGUUACUCCCAUGGAGCUCUCCCAGACACCGGCCCCAUUUGGCGGAACUUUGAAGCCCAAGACCAACCGGAAAACUGCGAGCGCCCAGAGACUUAAAAAGGCUGCCCCUAGUAUCCAACAGGCCCAGACAAAGGUCUUUACGGAAUCAGUUCAAGAUGAUGUUCCCGACAUCGAAUACAUGCCCCCGAGGCCGAUAGCCCUGCCUGAUCUCCCAGACGAUGUUACCUACAAUACAAACUUCCCCCAAUUUCAACCAAGAAAUCGAGCCCUGGGCCUGGAGAGUGUUUAUGGCAAACAAGAGGUCGGUAAGGAUGGCCUUACAAAGAAGCAGCGCAAGUUCCAGGAGGACUCUCUUAAGGCCGAUCAGCUGGCCAAUGAGGCGAUGAUGAAGCAACUGGAGAGUGUUGGAUUCAACGACCCCAGUGAGGAUGAGGCAGCUCCCGCACCAAAGCCGCAGCCGCGAAUUCUUCGCUCUAGAACGCUUUCUUCAAGUACUUCUUCAAGCACUUCCUCAAGCACCCGGUCUGCUCGCAACAUCUCAACACUUCGUUCCCGUGAGGCUGCGGCUGCCCUGGCAGCUCCCAGGGCAAGCUCAGCCGCAAUCAGACCUGCUCCGGUCCCUAAGUCUCGUAUUGCAUCGGCUUCGUCCAUCCUUAUGCACAAGAAGGCUCGAGUUCCAUCCAACCCGUCGUCUAUGCGCGCCACUGCUGCCGCUGCCACCUCCAAUACCACUAUGGGUUAUUCGAAGGGACGGAGCGUGUCAUCCACCUUGCGUGAGAAGACUGCCGAGCAACCCUCGAGCAUCUCCGCCACUCUGUCUCCCGAGACCUACAUACAACUAUACGGACCUCCCCCUCUGGGAUCAGACAUGUGGUCCCGUUGCAAGGCAGCCGGCUGCUUUGACACUCCAGGUGAGAGUGCCCUUUCUCAGGAGCUUGAGGAGCAGCUGCCAACUUUCGAGGAGGAUGACGAGACAGAGAACUUCCAGCUCACUCUGUAG